AUGGCGGACGACAAGGCAGAUUCAGCGGCCUUAAUCCCGAGAUUCCAGAUCCGCCGGUUGCUGAACCAGGACCAGAAUGACCGCCGCAUCACCAUCCUCGGCGCCAUCGACGGCCAGCCUGCCAUCCUCACCAUCGAGAGAGCCGCCUUCGUGCCCGAUCUUGACGCGCUCCGUGCCUUCCACGCUGCACUAACCAACCUCACAAGCCUUGGUGCCAAUGACAUCUACCGCUGGUACAUGGCAUCGUCGGGCCCGACCGAUGUCAACCCCCCUGACCUCAAGCUGAAUCUUAUCUGGCCCUGCACAGACCAGCACGUCCUGAAAUACACCGCCCAGAACGUGCGCAUGGUCACAGAAUCUCCCGAUAUAUAUCGCCAAUAUGUGCGGCCAUACAUGCAGCAGAAGCGCGAAAACGGGCGUCUGAACUGGGUUUUCAAUAUCAUCGAGGGCCGCAAGGAGCAGGAAGAUGUGCUGUAUCGGGAAUCCGAUCCACAGGAAGGUUUUCUGCUCAUUCCCGACUUGAACUGGGAUAGAAAGACCAUCAGCAGCCUCCACUUGCUUGCUCUGGUGGAGAGGCGGGAUAUCUGGAGCUUACGAGACCUGAAGCCAUCGCAUGUUGAUUGGCUUAAACACAUGCGCCAAAAACUGGUCGACGCGGUCGUCAAAGUCUAUCCAGAACUAGAAACCGACCAGCUCAAGCUUUAUGUUCACUACCACCCGACUUACUACCAUUUCCAUAUUCAUAUUGUGAAUGUGACGUUGGAAGCCGGGUCAACGCAAUCCACCGGGAAAGCUUUUGGGCUGGAGAAUCUGGUCUCUCAGCUAGAGACGAUGUCCGGCGGCUUAGAUCGAGGCUUGGCUGAUGUAUCCCUCUCCUUCUAUCUUGGAGAAUCCAGCGAGUUGUGGACUAGUGUUUUCGGGCCGUUAAAAAGAGGAGAGACCCCCAAUAUUCAGGGGUGA